CAAGGAAUGUGUUCCCUGGCCGGUGCGAGGGAUUGAAUGUCGCCGGCUGUCAAGGGCUGAUAUAAAGGACAUGGCUGCUAUUCCCUUGUCAGAACAGUGGUCAGAACUUCAGCGCACUCUGUAGCAGCAGCUACCAAAGCUCAGCACCCAGACUUCGUAGUUACAAGCUUGUUAAAGCUUAUAAGGAAAGUAGCAGUUGUCGAGGAGUUGUGCAACAUUUCGUUCUUGAGAAAGAGGCUCCACUAUUCUUGCCCGACGAAGAGAAGUGUAUUCCAGCAUGGAUGUCCAGAGGACGGGUACAGUGGUGCGUCCCUCCAGCCCCAUGGAGAGUCUGGAAAAGCAGUUGAGCUGCCCCAUCUGCCUGGAGAUGUUCACUAAGCCAGUGGUCAUCCUGCCCUGCCAGCACAACCUGUGCCGUGGCUGUGCCAGCGACCUUUACGACUCACGCAACCCCUACCGCUUUUCCGGCGGCGUCUUCCGCUGCCCCACCUGCCGCUUUGAGGUUGUCCUUGACCGUCACGGUGUCCACGGCCUCCAGCGCAACCUUCUGGUAGAGAACAUCAUCGACAUCUACAAGCAACAGCAGGAGGGUAGCGGUGGUAGUGGCGGCGGAGGCACCACAGAGACUCCACUGAAGCCCAAAGACUCUAAGGAACCCAUGUGCCAAGAGCACGAGGAUGAGAAGAUCAACAUUUACUGCGUGACCUGCCAGAUACCAACUUGUUCCAUGUGCAAAGUGUUUGGCCAGCACAAGGACUGUGAGGUGUCACCAUUGGCAAGUGUCUACCAAGUGCAGAAGGGUGAGCUGAGCAACGCCAUCGACACCUUGGUCGCGGUCAACGGGCGCCUUCAGGCCCUGCUCAACCAGAUGGAAGACACCUGUCAGGCGGUACAGGAUAACGCACAGCGCGCCAAGCAAAACCUCGGCGAGCGCUUCGAUCUGCUGUAUGCAGUGCUGGAGGAGCGCAAAGGCCUGCUGCUGGAUCAGAUUGCCAAAGAGCAGGACGAGAAGGUGACCGCGUUGCGGGCCCUGGCCCUGCGCUACAGCGAGAGGCUGCAAGCGGGCUCGGAGCUGACGGACACGGCGGUGCGGGCACUAGAGCAGAGUGGCGCUGCAGAGUUCCUUAUGGCUUCCAAGGGCCUCAUCACACAGACCAAGGAAACUGCCAAGAGCUCCCUGGGUGAAGAGAGGCCUGAGCCAGGCUUUGAGAAGAUGGACCACUUCACACUGUCUACGGAGCAUGUGGAGGCUGUCCUGGCAAAGAUGGACUUUGGAAUGGUUGAAGAUGAUGAGUUUGAGGAUGCAGAAGGGGAAGAAGAGUGAUGAUACUUGAUAAUGUACAGACUGUAUUCAUUCAUUAACUAUUUUCUUUUUUUGAACACUUAAAUGUUCAUGGCAGGGACUAGUUGCAAUAUUUCAGAGAUAUUGAAAGUCAGGAGUAAGGAGGAAGUUGAUGGGGUUUUGUUUUACGGUGAAUAGUUGAUAGACUUGGAUACAAUGAUUUACUUUAGUUUAGAGUGCAUUAUGUAGUUUAUUUGUACUCAUAAAACAUCUGCAAUUUUUUAAGAUAUAUUGUUUGUUUUUAUACUUUUGUAUUUCAGUAUCAGAUUUUAUGUAAAUUAGAUUGAAUAUCCUCUCUAUUUACACUUGAAGUUUUUUUUAAAUCAUGUGUAGAAAUUGAGAAUUAUUAUAAUUUGUGAUUGUCAUUAAUGUUUGAAUUGAUUGUAUUUGAUAUUUCAACAGAUCACUUUUGCAACCUGAAAUAAAGGGUGCUUCAAAUUACUCAA